CGGCGGGCGGGUGGCCGGCCGCUCACCAUGCCCGGCAAGCACCAGCAGUUCCAGGAACCCGAGGUCGGCUGCUGCGGGAAAUACUUCCUGUUGGGCUUCAACAUCAUCUUCUGGGUGCUGGGAGCCCUGUUCCUUGCCAUCGGUCUCUGGGCCUGGGGUGAGAAGGGUGUUCUCUCCAACAUCUCAGCAUUGAUGGAUCUGGGAGGCCUCGACCCCGUGUGGCUGUUUGUGGUGGUUAGGACCAUCAUGUCAGUGUUGGGCUUUGCCGGCUGCAUUGGGGCCCUCCGGGAGAACACCUUUCUGCUCAAGUUUUUCUCUGUGUUCCUCGGCCUCAUCUUCUUCUUGGAGUUGGCAACAGGGAUCCUGGCCUUCGUCUUCAAGGACUGGAUUCGAGACCAGCUCAACCUCUUCAUCAACAACAAUGUCAAAGCCUACCGGGACGACAUUGACCUCCAGAACCUUAUUGACUUUGCUCAGGAAUACUGGAACCUCAAUAUCUGUUUCAACUGCACUGACUUGAACCCAAGCCGGGAGCGCUGCGGGGUGCCUUUCUCCUGCUGUGUCAGGGAUCCUGCGGAAGAUGUCCUCAACACUCAGUGUGGCUAUGACAUCCGGCUGAAACUGGAGCAGGGCUCCAUCCACACCAAAGGCUGCGUGGGCCAGUUUGAGAAAUGGCUGCAAGACAACCUGAUCGUGGUGGCCGGGGUCUUGGUGGGCGUCGCGCUCCUCCAGAUCUUUGGCAUCUGCCUGGCCCAGAACCUCGUGAGUGACAUCAAGGCAGUGAAGGCCAACUGGAUCACACACGGUGAUGGCUACAAACUACUCAAUCAACAACACUUUGCAAACCACUGACUUCUAUGCCCACCGUCUGGAAGGGUCUGUCAGCUGUGAGCCUGAACGGAGCUCUCCAGUGAGGGCCCUGGCCUGGACCCAGCCUCCCAACAGGGUCUCAUAGGCCUGGGUAGCUUCUGCACUCGAGACAGCCUUUCAACUUAAAAGUCCAUCUCUCCUGCUUUGAAGAAUGAUUUGACAGGCCACACCAGCUCUUCAGUGGCAGCGGCAUCCAUGACGGGUCCUGCCUGCUCUAUUCUCACCUAAGUGUCCUACCUGACCCCCAGGAAUGGGGAGUUGGCCUCCCCCAUCUCGUGGAUCAUUCCCUGCAAAUACUGUGAGGCUGUUGCGACAUACACAAGAAGAAUGAAGUGCCGAACCCCACCUCUUAAAAGGGUCUAGCCUGGGAGGGUCACAGCUCUGCUGGGGACUGAAUUGAGUGCCGGAAUACCCAAGAGAGGUGGGUGGGACAUCAGGAAGAUUGUGCAAAGGCAGCUGCUGUUAAGUCCUUGGCUGGGCACUCCGCCUUGGAAUGGAGAUCAAACCCCGCAUGGCCUGCAGGGAUGUCUUGUGGCCACCAGAGGGCGCACCAGCACCACAUUCUCUGCGGUUGGCUUCUUGCC